AAUAUAAACCUUAAAAGAAAAAUGUUGCCAAUUAAAUUUCCUACAGUAUCUUUCAUAGGCCUGAUGACGUCAGAAUUAUUUUUACUUAUAAACGGAAGGCUCAAAGUCAAAAUAUAACUUAAAAACCUAGACAAUAAAUUUUUAGAAUUUUUUAAAGAUAGCCAAUCGCUUGGAAAUUUAUUUUUUAAUAAAGCACUGAAAUUUCAUAUAAAAAUAUUCAGCCGUUUUUAAGCUGCAGAUUGCUUUCUCAAACGCGCUCUGAUGCCGCCGCUCGUCUUCGUCAGCAGUAUGAGGUACCAUCAAAUAUUAUUUUCUUUUUUCAAAACUACAUAAUAUUUUUAAAUGAAAUUUGAGAACACUGGUAAACAUAAAAUUUGCAAUCGAUUGGCUAUCUUAUAAAAAUUCUAAAAAAUUUUAUUCUUAGUUAAAAAAUUAUAUUUUGACUUGGAGCCUUGAGUUUAUAGGUAAAAAUAAUUUUGACGUCAUCAGGCCUGUGAAAGAAAUUGUAGAAAAUUUAAUUGGCAACAUUUUUUUCUUAAAGUUUAUAUUUUUAAAAAUUUCCUUCUAUUUUUUAAAUUGACGGAACAAAAUUCUCGCGGAAACGUUAAUAACUCCGCUCCUAACCAAAAUUAUUUUAAAACUAGCAUAUCAAAAAAUACUGUAUACAAUUAUCUAACAACGCUGAAAAUUUGACUACUUAAAAUUAACGCGUUCUAAAUAAAUAAUACAUUCGCGUGAAAGUCUAUCAAAAAUAGCGGCACACGUUUCUUCGCUCUGGCUUGAGGCUUCCCUCCCUCAUCUCCUCACGCCGUUCUCGUGAACGGCGGCGGCGGCGAGGCCUUGGCAAAGGAGACUCUAAAAACGAAGUACUUUUCGGUUUUCUCAAAAAAUUACGUUGCGACAAGAGGUUUUCUGGUGCGCAUUAUGUAGCUUAUUUAUCAGGCUAUUAUUUAAGACGAAUUUUAACAAAAUCGAACCACAAGUUUUUUAUUUACGGCGGUAAAACCCUUUUCACCCAUAAGCCACAAUGAAAAUUUCAAUAAAUUUUUACGUUCUCCCUAUAAGGAAGUGGAUGUUGGCGUAUGCUAUUUUCUUUUUAAUUCAGUUAAAAGAUUUAAAAUUUAAAUCAUCAAAGAUUUCAAUUUUUGUUUGGUUCCUCUUUAAUUGUCGGUUAUUUUCUCGAAGCGCCAGGGAUAAAUUACUUUCAAGACAAAUAGCUAGAUGAGCAUGCAUGUGUGCAUUAUUCGCUCCCUCCAAGGCUGCGAGGUAAAGCAGUGGCCACCGGGGUUCAUGUUCAAGGCAGUCCGCUUUGGUUAUGAUCUGAGGUUGCACCAAGGAUCUUUGGGUUGCACCGACUGCAUUUUCCUGCAACUGAUACAAUUAAUCUGCUUGAAGCGGAUAUAAAUACGCAAAUCAAUCCGUUCUGUAUCAUUUUCAAAACCUUCAAAUGUCAAUAAACUUAAAUUUUAAUCCAAUAAAAUUAUUUGUUUAAACUUUAAAGUAAAAUUCGGCGUUUUCAGGUGUACCUUUUUGUGUUUAGAACGUUUAGAACAUAAACGCAAUGGAGGAGGAGGGUCUUAAAUUGAUCCUUUGGAUCCUGCUCAGUUUUGCAGCACCAAUGUGCAUGUGCUCGACAAGUAAUUUUACAACACGAAGUAUUCGCCCGCCGUUUGCGCUACCGCACAGCUUUUCCUCUCAGCAACCAAGUAGCAAACUAUUGGGGGACAUUUUCGGACUGCAGCCUCCGUUCGCACCGUGGGACAGCGCCAACGAAAAGUGCCGCGCCGACAGCGUCCGCUUCCUCUCCGCCGUCAAAAACUUGGAAAUAUGGGCUUUGAAAAUGCACGAUGCGACGGGAAAACUUGCUUCUGGUUUGCUGAACGGAAAUUUGAACCAACUGGGUGACUUCGACCAGUGCCUGAGUGUCCAGAACAGCAAGUACUGCAUGGCCAGGGCCUACCUGGAGCCCGUGAAGCACAAUGUGAAGGACGAUAAUGUACUCGAACUGAUGGAGUCGCACCGAAUGGUCAAAAGCACGGCGUUUGAUGGUGUCCGAUUUUUCCCAACUUUUUCUGCGAUUUCAUGGGCUUUCUGCGUGCCCUCCUCUUGCAACUACGAGGACGUGCAAACUUCUUUGCGCAAAUUGGCUCACCGCUACAACGCCUCGACCGAGGGCCUCCGCAUCCACGUCCAGGUUGACUCGGACAGCUGCGUCGUCCGCCAGUCCGAAGGCACUUUCCGCAAGGGCCCCUUCAUAACCAUGAGCAUUCUUGUGGCCGUGGUCGUGUUUGCAGCCCUAGGCACAUUUACGGACUUGCGACUCAAGAGAGAAAGGCUCGAGGGAAAAAUUUCCGUCGAACACUUGCCUCCCAAAAUCGAUCGCUUCUUCCUUGCUUUUGCCUUGACGAGAAACACGACGGAUUUGUUGAAAACGGACACCGCUUAUGACGACAUCAACUGCGUCCACGGCAUCAGAGCGAUUUUCUCUUUGAUCAUCUAUCUCAUCCACAGAGGCGUUUUUGGACUUUUCGUUCCCUUCACCAACAGGACUGAACUGGCAGAGGACUUUGAGGGAGCCUGGACGAUGAUUUUCCGCGCCUUUUUGAACAACGUUGACACAUUCGUGGUGCUGAGCGGCCUUUUGACCUCUUACUACACCGUCAAGAAACUCCAGGCAGGCAAAAAGGUCAGCGUGGUGAUGAUGUACUUGACGCGCUACGUCAAGUUCACGCCGAUUUUCGUGAUCACCGUAAUGAUGGUCAAGGACAUGGACUACUGGAUCCAGAGUCCGCAAGUCAUCCGCGUGGCCCAGCACUUUGUCAACGGCUGCAAAAACGGUUUUUGGAAGUCGUUCAUCUACAUGAACAACUUUGACGGGAUGGACCACAUGUGCUACCCUCCGUCGCACCAGCUGGUGACCGACAUGCAAAUGUACCUGGCGGCGCCCUUCAUCAUCCUGGCCAUGUACAAGAGGCCCAAACUGACGACGGCCGGCUUGGGCGCGGUGCUGACCUUCCUGGCAGUGCUUCGCUACUUUGUGAUCCACAAGUGGCACCUUUCGACCUUCAUCUACCACGGCAUCUCGCUGUCCCAGAUGGUGGACGCGGCCGACCGCAUGUACCUCAACCCCUUGCACAGACUCACCCCCUACCUCGCCGGCAUCAUGCUAGGGUACUUCCUCCGAGUCACUGGCCGCCGAAGCCUCUUGAGAAAGGAUCAAAUGUACGCCGGUUGGGCCAUUUCUUUGCUCUGCGGCUACUAUUCCUUCUUCGGACCUUCCGAGAUCGCUGAGCGCGGUUACAAGUACCAGCCACACGACAGCGCCGUUUUCGGCGUUCUGCAACCUUGCUUGUGGAGCAUUUGCCUUUGCUGGUGCAUUUACGCCUGUUUCACUGGAUAUGGAGGGCUGCUGAACAAGUUCCUCAGCUGGAGAGGAUUCAUUGUGUUCAGCAAACUCUCCUACGCUUUCUAUAUGGUGCAAAUUCUGCUCAUCUUUGGCGGCAUCGCAACCGUUCGCACACCCCAGUUUUACAAAAUGAACAGUGUGUUUGAUCUGAACGAGUUGUUCCUGUUGGUGGUGUGCAGCGUUGCGCUGACGCUGCUGUUCCUGUUGCCGCUGGCGCACGUGUUGGCGUUGGUGACCGGCGCCGACGUGCGCGCGGCCGAAAAGCAACAGGCCAACAACAGACGCUGCCAACCCCGCUCCUUCAGCAUGGUUGAGUCGCGCUACCUGCGCACCCUCAACCCUGCCGAGCGACCCAAGCCGCAGCCGCAGAACAACCUGCGCUUCCGCGAAGGCUUCCUCGGCUUCCUGCACGACCAGGACACCAGGAAGAUUUACUAAACGAUUAAGACUGAAGUCAACUUUUGCGAUCCUAUUUAUUUGAAUAAAUUUCCUUCCCAUUUUUUGACACGGGCCUGUCGUUUUAAGAGACUCCCUUGACUGAUUGAAAGAAAGAUCUUUCUGCUCGAUUUUGAUGAAAAAAAUAUUUUAAUUGCACAUAUAUUUUUAUUUAAUAUUUAUGUAAAUAGUUUUAUGAUAAGCACAUUUUGUAAUUAAUAAAUAUUUGUACAUUUUUAUUUGCUUUGCUCUCAAUGAAAUAAA